AUGUUAAUUCCGCUCGAACACCCCGGAGUUGGACAAGGAAACAUGUUCCACCACCCACCACCCCCGGCAAUCGUUGACAAGUUUCUAGCCUUCAUCAACCAGUCGCCUACACCCUUCCAUGCGGUCUCAAACGCGAUCAAGCGACUCGAAUCCGCAGGCUUCAAGCGGUUAAAGGAGCGAGACCAGUGGGCUGGAUUGAUCCAAAAGGGCGAGAAGUAUUACGUGACUAGGAACCAGAGCUCUAUCAUCGCCUUUGCCGUUGGCGGAGCCUAUGAGCCUGGAAACGGACUGGCGAUCGUAGGCUGCCACACAGACUCACCCUGUUUCAAAAUCCGUCCAGUUUCUAAACAGACUAAAAUGGGUUAUCUGCAAGUUGGGGUUGAAACUUAUGGAGGAGGAAUUUGGCCCACCUGGUUGGAUCGAGACCUUGGUAUCGCUGGACGAGUGAUAGUCAAAGACCGCAAGGACGGAUCGGCGGACUCGGAUAGCUUUUCCUCCCACCUCGUCCAUAUUCCGCGUCCGAUCCUUCGCUUCCCAACUCUGGCAAUUCACUUGGAACGAACUCAAACCGACCAACUCAAAUAUAAUCCCGAGACUCAGAUGAUUCCCAUUCUAUCAAUGGCCACUGAACAAUUGAACGAGACCGUCAAACCGACUGACUCAACACCGCCAAUUACCAAGUCUGCGCUGUCGACACAACAGAACCACCAUACGUUACUGCUGUCCAUUCUGGCAGAGUCGCUAUCGGAGGAGCUUGGCACCCCGGUCAAGGAGAGUGAUAUCCACGACCUCGAACUGUCACUCUUCGACACCAGCCCGUCCAUCGUCGGCGGUGGCCGGGCCGAGUUCAUCUUCUCCCCCAGACUCGACAAUCUCUUCAGCUCCUUCGCCGCCGUCGAGGCCCUCGCCCAAUCCGUCGAGGGUGGGCCUAACUCCAAAGGCCUUGAACAGAGCGGUUUGAUUCGAACAAUCGCUCUUUGGGAUAAUGAAGAGAUUGGCUCGGUCUCUCAUCAAGGAGCCGAAUCGAACUUCUUGGAAGCCAUUCUCACUCGAGUCUCCAGCUCAUUCACGAACCAACCCUCUCCAGCAUUGACCGAACAAACUCUUGCUGCCUCGUUCCUGCUUAGUUGUGAUAUGGGGCACGCCGUGCAUCCCUGUUAUCCUGAGAAACAUGAGCAAAACCAUCGUCCGUUGAUCAACCAAGGGCCGGCGAUCAAAACAAAUGCCAAACAAAGAUAUGCCAGUACUGCUGCAACGACCUUCUUGCUGCGUCGAGUGGCUGCCAUUGCUAAGGUGCCUUUGCAAGAGUACGAAGUCCGCAACGAUAUGGCUUGUGGUUCGACCAUUGGUCCGCUGGUCUCGAAGAUCGGCCUCCGCACGGUCGACAUCGGAUGUCCGCAGCUCUCGAUGCACUCGAUCCGUGAACAAGCUGGUUGCCAAGAUUUGGUCCAUCUCACCGCUCUUUUCGAGAAUUUCUUCGAACACUUCCAGCUCGUCGAUUCUCGACUAUCUACUGGCGAAUGA